GGCGGUAUGCACCUAACAAAGCUGCUUCCUACGCGCCAGGAAACGAAGAAAAAGAAGAACCCGGAACUGAACAAACGACAUCAUGGCGGCCCAAGUCGGGCUACCGGCGCUAUCGUCUGACACCAACCGGCCCGUGGCGCCCGUAUUCCCCGCAGUGGCUCUGUCGGCCGACGCCGCCCCGUUCAGUCCCCAAGGCACCGGCGGCUGGCAGUCGGACGCCGAGCGACUCUUUUCCCGCUGCGCCGCCAAGCUGCGAGUGCUUCCAGACUCGGCUCAGCUUCGGGAGGAACUCAAUCUGCUAUUUGACCAACUCAUCUCCGAAAACUUCAACAAAAGUCUGGAGCCCAACAUCAACAUUCAACCCGAGGAUGUGUGUGCCUUGCUGAAGAACGCCAGCCGUCUGGUUCCGCUCAGUCAGGAACAUCUGGUGGUGAAACUGUGCAAGCUUCAGCAUCACCUGCUCAACCAGCUGAAGGUGAUCAUGGACGAGCAGACGCUGGACGUCUUGUUGAACUACGUCACCAGAGCUCUGAAGGUGUGCAGCACCUGGACGCACCCCGGCGUCCUGCAGGCGCUCUCCACCGUGGUCUACGGGAACGGGCCCCAGUGUCACCAGCACCUCAACGACCUGCUGGGCGAGGACGGAGUCCUGCUGCUCUACAGCGCCCCCACUCAGCCAGAUAUGGACCUACGCCACGUGGCUCUCACCUGCAUGGCCAACAUCUGUCUCAGGAUUCCCGGUCAGCCGCCGCUGGACGAGGAGCACAAGAGCGCCUGUUUCUCCGUCUUCCUGAGAACGCUGCAGGCGCCCAAACCCCCCGACACCGACGACGUCUUUUACUGCAUGGUGACACAGUCCACGCUGAAAGGACUUCACUGUUGUCUCUCUGGUGGCAAGUGGAAGUUUGGCGGCGGCGAGGAGGUGGGAUCGGUGCUGGCCGCCCUGAAGAAGCUCAUGUUCCAAGGAGCUCCGGGCGUCAGCGUGGAGUGGCCGUCCGUGCUUUACCCAGCUCCUCUUCCUCAGUACGAGAGCCCCUCCCCACGCACGGCGGCGGAAGCACCAACACCCACGGAAGCGGCCACGGGCGCUGGGGGGAAGGCGUCAACCGCGAGCAACAAGAAGAGGAAGUCGAGGGGGAAGGCGAAGAAGACCAACGCGGAGGAGCGCGGACGGAUGGAGGCGGACGAGGACGACGCGGAGGCGGAGCAGCCGGCGUCUCGCAAACCGGGAAAUGACGCGGAAGCCAAAUCUUCCGUUGUCUCGCUGUACCCCUCGUGGAAGCGCUGCACUUCUGACUCUGAGUUUUCCGACCCGGAAGGCAGCGCACACAGCAAGUUGAGACUUUCUCACGCUCGCGUCCGCCAGGGGGCGCUGCACUGUCUGCUUGCCGUGGUCAAAUGUGUGGAGAAGCGUACUCUCUACGGCUACUGGUCCUCCUUCAUCCCGGACUCCCCUGUCGGAGGAGCGCCGCCUCUGACCCUGCUCACCAUCAUCCUCAAAGACCCUUCGCCAAAGGUGCGGGCGUGCGCUCUUCAGGCCUUGUCGGCCAUGCUGGACGGCUCCCGGCAGUUUCUCGCCGUGGCCGAAGACACGGCGUCGCCUCGGACCUCCUACACGCCGUUCUCCUUCACUUUGGCCACGGCCGUCCGAGAGCUGCAUCGUGCUCUCAGCCUCGCUCUGAUGGCCGAAACGUCUCCUCAGACACUCACGCAGGUCAUAAAGUGUUUGGCUCACCUGGUGUCCAACGCUCCCUACCAGCGCCUGAGGCCGGGCCUGCUGAGCUCGCUGUGGAAGCAGACACGGCCCUACGUUCGCCACAGAGACGUGAACGUGCGCGUGUCGGCGUUGACGCUUUACGGCGCCCUGGUGACCACUCAGGCGCCUCUUCCGGAAGUGCAGCUCCUCCUCCAUCAUCCGGAGGGCGGCGGCUCCUUCACGCCGCAAGACUCCGCCCUCAGCUGGCGAAAAAGGGAGGCGCCCUCGCCGCGCGCGCCCAAGGAGGCGGACGGCGGCCCGCCGUGGCUGCUGACGCUGUGCGUUUCGCUGGUGACCCAGCCCAGGGACGAGCACUCGGACAGCGAGGGGAGCGGGGCGGCGCUCUUGGAGCCGUCGCCCGUCCGACUGGAGGCCCUGCAGGUGCUGUCCCACCUGCUGCGAGGCUACAUCUCUCUGGCCCAAGGGAGCGUGUGCGAGAUCGGGCAGCUCGGCGCCCGCUGCCUGGCCGAGACCGACCCGUCUAUUCAACUUCACGGAGCGAAGCUGCUGGAGGAGUUGGGGUCGGGCAUAAUCCAGCAGUACCGAGCAGAGAGCAGCACCCCAGAGAGCGCCCGAGUGCCCAUGAGUCAAGUGGUGCAGUUCUGGACGCGGGUGCUGAGCGGCCCGCUGAACGCGGCGCUGCAGAACCAGCAGCAUCCCACGCUGCAGACCAGCGCCUGCGACACGCUGGCCUCCAUCCUGCCGCACGCCUUCGCUCAGCUGCCCGACAAGACCCAGCUGAUGUGCAUCACGGUUCUGUUGGGCCUGACGUACAGCGACAACUACCUGGUGAAGACGGCCGCCGUCAGGGCCCUGGGCGUCUACGUGCUCUUCCCCUGUCUGAGAGAGGACUUGAUGUUCGUGGCCGACACCGCCAACGCCAUCCUCACCGCCCUCGACGACCGCUCCUCCAACGUGCGCGCCAAAGCCGCCUGGUCUCUGGGCAACCUGACCGACACCCUGAUCGUCAACAUGGAUUGUGUGGGCGUGGACUUCCAGGAGGAAAUGUCCGACAUGUUGCUGCUGAAGAUGCUGCAGGCGGCCACGCGGGCGGCGGCCGACAAGGACAAGGUGAAGUGCAACGCCGUGCGAGCCCUCGGCAACCUGCUCCACUUCCUGCGCGACGGUCAGCUGGGCCGCGCCGCUUUCCGGCAACCGCUAGAGGGCGCCGUGCGAGCCCUGGUCAAGACCGUGCAGUCCGUCGCCACCAUGAAGGUCCGAUGGAACGCCUGCUACGCCUUGGGGAACGCCUUCAGGAACCCCGCCCUGCCGCUCGACUCCGCCUCCUGGUCCGGCGACGCCUUCUCCUCCCUCUGCGACGUGGUCACGUCCUGCAAGAACUUCAAGGUGCGCAUCAAGUCGGCCGCCGCCCUCGCCGUGCCCGCCCACCGCCGCUGCUACGGCGACGCGGAGCGCUUCGGCCGCGUGUGGCGCUCGCUGGCCGCGGCGCUGGAGACCAGCGAGGACACGCACAACUUCCUGGAGUACCGCUACUGCGCCAGCCUGCGCCACACGCUCUCGCAGGCGCUGCUGCACAUGCUCCACCUCAGCCUGCCGCAGGACCUGCCCGCCAUCGCCGCCUCGCUGGCCGGCGAGGAGGGGCGGGGCGUCCGGGAGCACCUGAUCAAGUACCUUCAAGCCGAGGGCGGAGCGGAGGGCGAGAAAGACGCGGGCGGGGACGCGCCCGACCCUCAGCAGAGAGUCCGGACUCUGCGGCAGACCGCCACCCGACUGCAGACCAUGAGGGCGGAGGAGGACGACAGCAAGGAUGUGCUGAUUGUCUUCUUGGAGAACUUGCUGCAAGCCUGCGAGGAGCCAUGAGGUACUGAAGACCCUGAACACACCGUGCCUUAAAUCCUCACCUCAUUUCAUCAGUUAGUUGUCCCAAUAGAAUGCCCCAUUGAAAAAAAAAAAAAAGUCUGUUAUCUGCUACCUAAGCUGUGUUGUUCCAAUGGAGCGAGCGUUUGGGAUGAAGAAGACAAGAUGGAGGUCUCACUGAGAGCAAAAACAGCUUUUUAUCACCAAAUAGAACAAAAACAGGAGCUAAAAGUACAAAUGACUCACAACGUAAACAUUAAAACAGGCAAUAGGUAGAAAAAGAUUAUAGUGCCCAAUAGAAACAUCUUUUCCAUCCUUCAAAAUGGCCUGAAAUUCCCCCAAAGUGAUGCGUUCAGGUGACCUUCGAUCUUUUUGUAAUUCCUUCCAUUGGAAUUUGCCUGACCUUGUGUUGGCUGUCGCACUGUUUUUCAACCACUGUGCCGCAGUGUCGUGGGAGAUUACCUCAUUUCACCUAUUUAGGUUAAAAAUAUUUUUUGCAAACCAGUAAUUAGAGUCUGCAAAUGAGUAACCGUGUAAUACUCUUCCAUAUCAGUAGGUGGCAGCCGGUAGCUAAUUGCUUUGUAGAUGUGGGAAACAGCGGGAGGCAGAGUGCAGGUAAAAAGGUGUCUAAUGCUUAAACCAAAAAUAAACAAAAGGUGAGUGCCCCUAAGAAAAGGCAUUGAAGUUUAGGGAAGGCUAUGCAGAACAAAACUAAAACUGAACUGGCUACAAAGUCAACAAAAACAAUGCUGGACGACAGCAAAGACUUACAGCGUUCGGAGCAGACGGCGUCCACAAAGUACAUUUGUACAUGACAUGACAAUCAACACCAAAUUAGGAGUGCAAGACAAGAACUAAAACACUACACACAGGAAAACUCACGGCGGGAUGUGACAGUACACCUACUUUGAGACAAGAGCUAUAGUGAUGCAUGCUUGGUUAUGCUUUGAAUUCAUAUCCGACAAUUGUGACAACGACUUUUUACUGUCAACUGACUUUCUUUUUUAACGAUUUCUGCUGGUGGUGUGCCUCCGGAUUUUUUCAACGCAAAAAAUGUGCCUUGGCUCAAAAAAGGUUGAAAAACACUGGACUACAGGAACCAACGCGCCAAGGAUGCCAUGUGACCGCACACCGGAGUCUCUACACAUAAAAGAGCAUCAAUAAGGGGGAACCACACCAACAGGUGAUUUAGUAAUAAAAAAACAACCCUCGAGGAAAAAUAUGGACAGUUUGUCUUUUCAUACAAAGUGCAAUUGUCAGGUUCAUACACUGAUGACAUCUAUUAAACAAGACAAGAAGCAAAGAAUGAAACAAAGACAGAAUUAAAUUUGCCUCAAUUUGAGGAGAGACGCAUGGACCCUUGUGACAGUGUCUCAGCACGCUCUGGCCAAACAUUGUACGCCUCCUCCUUUAUUUGGACUUUCCCUGACCACGUGGCAACAGCUGCUUCCAAAGGGACGUGGGUCGUAAACAGCGUUGCCUUUGGUUACAGAACAGUUCAAAAGAAAAGGUCGUAAACACUUCAUAGAAAAGGUCUUAAAACAGUUCAAAGAAAGGUUCGUAAAAGACUUCAAAAAAGCGGUGUCCGGAACUUGGGCAGAUCGUGCCUUCUCUCCGCUUUGUAGUCCUUGGGUUAAAACAAUAUCUUUCUGUUGAUUACAAUACAUGAAAGAAAACAGAACACCUUCAUGUUGCUUCCCCCCCUACACAGUGGAGUUUUACAAGCCUUCUUCUUGGUAGGUUCCAAGACGUGUUUUUGCUUCCCGCUGGGAACUCAUUGAAACACAAAGUUUUUGUGAUAACUUAGAUCAAAUUCUUCUAACAGCAAUGGUGGACAAGGUUGCCACAAGCAGUAAUAAAACGUUAAGUCACCGUGCUAAACAGUUUUUUCAAGUGCAUUCUUAAAAAAGCAAGUCUCCGUAAUCUAGCAAAAGCAUAAAAGUGGUCAGAAUCAAAUCAUUUUAAGGUUUUUUUAAAGUGAUAUUUUAAAGACAAGUUCUCAUCAAUAACACUUAAAUGUCGUGACCGUUUCAAGUUCAACCUCACGAUCAGUUAUUUUUGGAAUGUUCAAUGGCAGACGUUUACCAUUUGAAAAUGACAUCACCUUAGAUUUCUCUGUCAGCUGACACUGAACAACAUCAAAAGAAUGUGUGGGGUAUUGUGAAGAAGAAGCUGAAAGACAAUAAUGCGAAUGAGCUAAAGGUCGCCAUUAAAGCAUCCUGGGCCUCCAUGCCACCUCAGCAAUGCCACAGGCUGAUUGGCUCCAUGCCACCUCAGCAAUGCCACAGGCUGAUUGCAUCCAUGCCACCUCAGCAAUGCCACAGGCUGAUUGCCUCCAUGCCACCUCAGCAAUGCCACAGGCUGAUUGGCUCCAUGCCACGCCGCAUUGGUGCAGUCAUCCGUGCAAAAGGAUUCUCAAGCAAAUACUGAGUGCAUUCAUUGACAUUUUCAAAUGUUUGAUUUUGUUUUGCUGUUAUAAAUCUUUUUUUUUUACUUGGCCUGAGGAAAUGUUCUAUUUUUUUGAGAUAGGAUUUUUGAGUUUUCUUAAACUGUAUGCCAUAAUCAGCAAUAUUAAAAUAAUAAAAGGCUUGCAAUAUUUCAGUUGAUGUGUAAUUAAUGCAGAAUGUAUGACAUUUUUGUUUUUUUAAUUGCAUUACAGAAAAUAAAGGA